AUGGAUGAAGAAAAAGGAGAAUUAUUUCGAAAGUCGCUUCCCCGUGAUCCCUUUUCUGAUAGUGAAGAAGACAAGGAAUGUGAUCACGGAUUAGAAAACGACACUGAGAAACAUAGGAAGACUACAAAGACAAAGGGAAUUGAAGAAAAGUUGGUGAAAGAAUCCACCGAAAGAAGGAAAAAAGAAUCACAUAAAAAGCAGAUGACAAGUGCACAUGAUACAAAAAGGCAUUCUGCUUCCAGAAGUGGCACAAGUUCUAGUAAACAUAAGCACUCCAGACAUAAACAAGAUCAUCACAGUGGAGUGGAUUCCAGUGGCAGAAAACAGCAGCAAAAUGACUCAAACAUUGCCAUUAUUUCAAAGAACAGAAUAACUAGAAGUUUGGGUAUCUACAAUAAGGCAAAAAGAUCAGACACAAUAAUGAGAGAAAAUCUUAAGCAGAAGGUGUGUAAAAAGAAAUUUGAAGAUAUCAAAUGUAAAACUGCAAAAGACAUGGCCAGAGUUCUAGACUGCUCUUCUUUUAAAAUACAGUUGUCAUCAAGCAGUGGUGGUCCACACGGAAGUCAAGGUAAAAAUUCUCCAGUCCAGAACAAGUCUGGAGAUGCAAUCUUCCUAAUACAGAGCCCUGUUGGAAGUAGUAGAACACACAGCUCGACUUGUAGUUCAUCUGGAAGGUACAGCAACCCUGACAAGAAUAAAGUUACACCACUUCGAAGGAUUACUCCACAAAGAAUCACACCUCAAAAUGAAGCUAGGCUUGCUUUCAAGGUGGGCUUAUUGGACAAUGAGUGUUAAUGGAUUGCCAAUAGCAUUUUAUUAAUGCAUAAUUAUGAUCUCACUUUGUUACGGCCGCUAUUUCCUAGCUUAUCAAAGUUUAUGUUUUAUGUUAAGAGUCUUGGUGAUGUGAACUCCACACAGCAACACUAAAUCCUACUGAGUCCAAUGGAUGUCACUGAGUAUAUAUAUUAAACAGGCUCAAUGAAAAGCCCAGAAGGCUUUUGUGGCCAAGGCACCUUCAAAUGUUACCUCAAGGUUUCUUUUCUAGUUAAGUUUUAGCCAGUGAUAAGC